CUUGGAAGACGAAACAAACAAUUAGAAAAAAAAAAAAAAAAAAAAAAAAAAAAAAGUUGGAAGCAUAAAUCUUUUUCUCUUCUAAAAGCAGUCCUUCUCGAAAAGAAAAUCUAAACCUCCGGAAAAUGGCGACGGAGAGAAACGCUCCGCUGGCUUCGACAUCCGCAGAAGACAACGCCAUGUUUCUGGAUAUACUUCAUGAGGCUCCUUUAUUCGGUCACCGGAAGUCUAGAAGCCUCUUUGGGAGUGUUGUUUACUUGAUAUUAUUGGCAAGUUAUGCUUCUUUGGGGAUUGGAGCUUCAUGGAUAUUUCAUCCUAUACAGAGAUUUAUUCCACAAUUGCUUUGCAGUUGCAAUGUCAUCCUUUUAGUUGUUACAGGUAUUUUUCAACAGUAUCUAGUAUCCCAGGUUCAGAAGAUACGUUUACAGGGUUAUUAUAGUUUUAGCCAGAAGUUGAAGCAUAUUGUUCGCCUUCCUUUCUCCACUAUUGCAUAUGGAACUGCUGCAAUGCUACUUGUCAUGGUUUGGAAACCCCAUGUCAGUUUUCUUUCUAUCACUGCAAUAUUAAGGAUUAUCAUGGUAGUUGAAGCAAUAUGUGCUGGAUCAUUUAUGAGUCUCUAUAUUGGUUAUGUGCACCAAUACAACUCAUUAAAUUCUCAGCCUGAUGUCUUGAAGUCAUUGUAUUCCCCACUUCAACCAGCGAGUUCUUUAGAAGGUUUGAGGUAUCAUGAUGCUGGUCGCCUCUCGGAUCAGCAGAUGGCUUUGUUGCAAUAUCAGCGUGAAAACCUCCAUUUUUUGAGUGAAGAGAUUCUUAGAAUGCAAGAGAGCUUAAGUAAAUAUGAACGUUCUAAUGAUGGAAGCACACCUCAGGUUGAUCUUGCUCAUUUGUUGGCUGCUCGAGAUCAGGAAUUACGGACACUUUCUGCUGAGAUGAAUCAACUUCAUUCUGAGCUGACACUUGCUCGGUCUUUGAUAGCUGAAAGGGACUCCGAGAUCCAGCAUGUACGGACCACCAACAACCAGUAUGUAGAAGAGAACGAGAGACUAAGAGCUAUUCUAGGAGAAUGGAGCACCCGAGCAGCAAAGCUGGAGCGAGCAUUGGAGGCAGAGCGGAUAUCCAAUAUUGAAUUACAGAAGAAGAUUACGACACUCAGAACCCCAUCAAAUGCAUCAGCUGAGCCCUCUGAGCAACGAGGAGCCUAAACCUUAACUUUUUGUGCCAUGUUAUUUCCCGUCGACCACAGGCCACUAAGUUGAAUGUACAUAUCAAUUUUAAUCAAAUAUUCUAAAUGGUAAAGUUAGUUCCUUUUUCCUCAAAA